CCCUUCUUCCAUUUUUCUCUGCUAUAUCUUUUCUUCCCUCUCCAUGUCUCCUUGAUUCACGAUCCGACGGUCCAAAAUGAACGCUUAUCCUUUCUCUUGUUUUCUUUGCUUUUAGUGCUGCAAAAUCAUCAGAUCUACCGUCGCUUCCUACCAACGCUUAUCCUUUUCGCUCGUUUCAUUUGCUUUUAGCUCUGUAAAUCCGCAGAUCUACGCUCUCCGCCCUCUGAUCUCCGUUUCUCGGUUGCUUUUAGAUUUAUCGUUGGCUGUAGUGAAACAGAGAAGCUGACCUCAGUUCAAUGGCGGUUUCGGUUAGUCACGUCACACUAACGUGCGCCGGUGAAACUCUAGCCACCACGUUGGUUUCGGCUCUCGCCAAAACCCACCUUUUAGCUCUGAGCUCCUCUACGUUGCUGCUGGCUAACAAGCCCGGAAUCAAGGGUGAUCAGUCUCAAAACCAGCCUGAGCCGAAUGACGCCGAUGGGGAAGAUGACAAUGACGACAACAACAAUGGGGGUGAUGAGUUUGGAGAUGGUGAAGAGGAGCUGUCCUCAGAAGGUGGGGAAUACGGCAACAAUGGUAACAGCAACAAAAACAACCCGAAGAAGGGACCGGAAGGUGGCACAGGCGGGGCAGAACAGAAUGGAGAAGACGACGGGGACGAUGAAGAUGGUGAAGACUCGGAGGAUGAGGACGACGAUGAAGAUGAAAAUGAUGAUGACGACGAUGAUGAUGAUGGAGGUGAAGAGGAUGUUGAAGGAGUGGAAAGUGAGGAGGAGGAGGAGGAAGAAGAGGAGGAAGCUCUUCAGCCACCAAAGAAAAGGAAGAAGUAAAUUGGCAAUAGAUAAGUUGAAGCCUCCAUUUAAAAUACCCUUUGUUAUAGGUAACAUUAUGAUAUUUUAUUUAGGCAUCAAGGAGGCUGUUUAGGGUUCAUGUUUUUACGCAUAUAUAGCACUUGCAUUUCCGUUGCAUAAUUAGAGUAUCGUCAGACCUGUAUGAGCAGCGGUAGAAGAUUCAGUUGAAAACAAAUUGUACGAUUCCAGCCGUUAGUUCUCAUAAAAA